UCCCCGCCGAGUUGAUUUCUUUUGGCGGACCGUCGAACCCAAAAUUGACUCAAUUCAGGAACCGGUUCACCAUCCCGUCGCCGGUCUCGGGCUAUUAUAGUGAAUACUUCUAUAACUUACGAAAUUUGGAUCGUGUGAUGGGUCAGAAAAGACGGACCUGAACGUUGUCACUUGUCAACAAGCCCACAAAGCUUCUUCCAUCCUUUCGUUUCUUCUUUUCCAACAUCCUUUUCCGUUCGGCCGUUUGCUUUCUGCUCGCUUGAAUUGGCUUCAACAGUGGGAUCCAAAUGGGUGCUUCUUCUCCAAAAUGCCUACGUGACACCAUGCGUCAGGCACUGCGUCAACGGGAAAGCAGGUUGUGCCGUCGAAAGCUCACGGUUCUCCCUUCGUCCUCUGUGGACUUUUCCUCAAACGAUUUCUUGUCAUUGUCAACAGCACCAGCUUUCCGAACACGAUUCCUAGACCUUGUCCAGCAGGCGCCACCAUUGUACCCAUUUGCUAGUGGAGGUUCGCGGCUUCUAGAUGGAAACUCAGCUUACACCGAGGAACUAGAGGAUUUCGUCGCCGCUUUCCAUAAUGCCCCAAGCGGGCUUCUAUUUAAUUCAGGCUAUGAUGCAAAUGUCGGUGUUUUUUCAAGCAUCCCUCAGCCGGGUGACCUGAUUGUAUACGAUGAGCUUAUCCAUGCGAGUGCGCAUGAAGGCAUGCGACUCUCACGAGCAGGAAAGCGCCUCAAGUUUGGUCACAGUUCUCCUGAUGACCUGGAGACAGUGCUUCAGGCAGAACUUGUGGCAGAUCCUCGGCUUCGUGAGGGUCACCAAAAUGUCUUCAUUGCCAUUGAGUCUGUCUACAGUAUGGACGGCGAUGUGGCGCCUAUUGCUGAAUUCGUGAAAGUCGUGGAUCGGCUUCUUCCUCAUAAAAAUGGGUAUUUCAUUGUGGAUGAAGCCCACGCAACCGGCGUCUUUGGUCCACGCGGGUCUGGCGUCGUCCAGGAUUUGGGACUAGAAGACCGGAUGUUCAUUCGGACACAUACGUUUGGCAAGGCUUUGGCUAGCCAUGGAGCAAUUGUCCUUUGUUGCCGAGAUACUAGAGAUUACUUGAUCAAUUACGCUCGCAGCUUGAUUUACACGACUGCCUUAGGGUUUCCCUUCCUUGCUUCCAUCCGUGCCGCCUAUGAAUUACUUGCUGAAGGAGAAACUGAACAGCUCCAACGCAAACUGGGGCAACUAAUUGCGUAUUUCCGAACUCGACUUGAUAAUCUCGGCUCCUGGGGCUCGUCGGCAAUCGAAGUCGACCAUUUCUCUAGUUCACCAAUAUUUUCACUUCGCAGCCGCGUGCCUCGAGAGCUCGCCGGUGUUUGUCAGCGUGAGGGAUAUACCGUUCGUGCAAUCAUGUCGCCCACUGUUCCAGCAGGCAAAGAGCGUGUACGGGUAUGUCUGCAUGCAGGGAACACAGUGGAAGAAAUCGAUGGUCUUCUAGAGGUCAUUGAAGCUUGGCUACAUCAAACAGAAAAGAAAACAGCUCGGUUAUGAGAUUAUCAAGCUGCUAUUCCUAGAUUAUUUUACCUGUUUUUGAUGAAGAACUGGGAUACUUCAUUUGACUUCAUC